AUGGCUCUCGUUGUAGAUGUGUAUAGUUGGGUCGAUCAGGAAAAUCAAUGGGGUUUUGGAAAUGCUUCCGCCGCCGCUGCCGGAUCCGUCAAUAUUCAAGGAGUUGUUUCUAUAGUUCGCGAUAUUGGAGAUCCUUGUCUUUCCUAUUCUUCCAUCAAGGUAGGCAAGAUGCUUAAGCCAGAGAAGUGGCAUGCCACUUUCGAUAACAAAGGGAAGGUUUCUGGUUUUCAGAAAGCACUCGAGUUGAUUAUUCUGGGGGGGGUUCAUCCGUCUAUAAGACCAGAAGUUUGGGAAUUUCUUCUAGGUGUCUAUCCAUUGGGGAGCACUGCAGAUGACAGAAGGCAAUUAAGGAGGGCCAGGAGGGAACGUUACAAGGACCUUAUAAAGCAAUGCCAGGCAAUGCAUUCAAGCAUAGGCACUGGUUCACUUGCCUAUCCUGUGGGUUCAAAAGUUAUGGAUAUGAGGACUCCGUCCAAUGAAAUAAAAGUUAAGCGUAGAGAAGCUUCCACUGAUGGUACUGGUAAAAGAGAGAAAUAUUCUGAUUUCAGUAAUAACUGUUCUGAUAAGUCGUAUGUUGACCAAAGAGUGCUUAUUAGUAAUUCUGGUGACCUUACAAGUGUCAGGAGAAAUGCUGACAGUGCUGCAUAUGAUUCUUGUUCUUCAUUGACUUCUGAUCCAUGUGGUCCUUGUUCCUCAAAAAGAGGUGGAGGCUGUUAUGGGUCAGAAUUCGUAACUGAAUAUGAUUUUAAUUUUCCUUCAUUGCCAGUAACAGAUUUGUUUGAGAAGAGUGAAGAUGAGAAAGAAUUUGAUGCAGAGGUGUAUUCCACUGGAUAUAAAUUGAUUUUUGAGGAUGAUAAUAUGCAUAGUUUUCAAAUCAAUAACAAUGCAGAUUUAAUCAUGGAAUCAAACAUUUCAUCCUCACUUUCUGAAAAUAUCUCACGUCGAUAUAACACUGAAAUUGAGUUGGCGACCCAUUCUGAUGGCUUUGAGCCAGUUCUGAGUCCCAACAAUGUAAGUUGUAAAACAGAAACAGUUAACAGAUUAAGCAUACCAAGUGUCCCAGAAACACCACUGGUAAAUGCAACCAGAUCUAAAGAAGGGGCUUCCCAAGAAGAAAGAGUAAGUGAAUGGCUUUGGACUCUGCACCGAAUAGUUGUUGAUGUGGUCAGAACGGAUAGUCAUCUUGAUUUCUAUAAGGAUACAAGGAAUUUAGCUAGAAUGUCUGAUAUUCUCGCUGUUUAUGCUUGGGUCGAUCCUACAACUGGUUAUUGUCAAGGUAUGAGUGACCUGCUGUCUCCUUUUGUUGUGCUCUUUGAGGAUAAUGCAGAUGCAUUUUGGUGCUUUGAGAUGCUCAUUAGGAGAAUGCGUGAAAACUUCAAGAUUGACGGGCCAACUGGAGUGAUGAAGCAGCUGCAAGCACUGUGGCAUAUUUUGGAAUUCACAGACAGGGAAAUUUUUGCACAUCUUUCGAACAUAGGUGCUGAAAGUCUUCAUUUUGCAUUUCCAAUGCUGCUUGUUCUGUUUCGGCGAGAGUUAUCAUUCAAUGAGUCUCUUCAUAUGUGGGAGAUGAUUUGGGCAGCUGAUUUUGAUGAAUCUGCCACCUGCAAUUUAGAGGACAUCUGUCUAGAUGCAUUAAUUAUACAGCUUCCUCCGGAUUCUGCAGAAGAAAUCAGAGAAGAAAACCUAGAAAAUGGAGAUGAUGGUGUAAAGGGUGACCUACAAUCAACACAUUCUUUUUCAGCAUCAGCUCAUCGCUUUUGUGGUUUGACAAAGAAUUUUUUGGCUAAAAGUAAUAUCCUCCAAUUUUGCGGCGUUGUCCCAUCAACUAGGAAAGGAGAUGACAAUUUACCUGUAUUUUGUGUAGCUGCUAUUCUUGUCAUGAACCGUCAAAAAAUCAUCAAGGAAACCCAUUCAAUAGAUGACAUGAUAAAGAUUUUCAAUGAUAAGCUUCUGAAAAUCCAUGUUAAAAGAUGCGUUGGUGCUGCAAUCAAGCUCAGAAAGAAAUAUUUAUACAAGCUAAUCAAGAGCAAAGGCCACAUAGAUCGCAGUAUUUAGUAAGGUCUGCAACAUUUCCUACCUACUUUCACGGAAAUAGAAGGUGACAGCACUUUGAGCCAGUAUUUUCUAUCCGGAUUUCGUAGUUUUGACAUGGCAUGAAAGUUUAUGGUGGAUUUUAUGAUGGUAUAUAAAGCAAAAUGUUUUUGUUGUCCAAAGAUUCAUCCAAUUUUUUCACCAUCAUCCUCAAGUCUGUUCCAAGGUAACUACUGUCCUGUUUAUAUUCCGUUUUUCAGCAAUAGUGUAUUUGAUGCAAAAAGAAUGUAUACAAAUAUUCAUAUUGAAAUUUUGGGUGGAGUGGACUUGCUAUUACAUGCUGAGACAAUUACACAUUUUCAAGACAAAUAUGGUAUUUUGGUUAAAAUGAUAUAUAG